ACUUUCUGUUCUAGAGAAACGGAAGAACACUAAUAUAUGUGGCAGAUCUCUUUUAUUAGCUAAAGCGCGUUAGUCAGGCACCCAAAGUUAAUAUAUUAGAUCAUUCUGACAGUAUUUACAGUGAGCACUGCGAAUAUUCUUGGGCAAUUGGGAUUGGCGCUACUCCUAAAAACAGACUUGUCUACACUGGAUUGUCAAAGCCAUGGAUACAAAAAUGGAGCACUCUGGUAACCACUUGGAGGAGGAUUUGUACAACUCUGAGUCUCAGAAUACAAGCAAGGAAUGUCGUGGGGGUCUCCUUGGGGAAUAUGACAACUGGAAGCAACAAGAGGACAUGGCAGAAAAACACAGGGCUAACAUGCUUAUGGAGAAAGUAGAUGCAAAUGAUAACAAAAUUCGACUUCAGCGUCAGUUGGAAGAACUCAGCAAUAAGCAAGAGAGUAUCGAAGAAGAGAAAUUAGACAGACAGAAUCAGUUUAAGAGAGAAUUGGAGCAGCUGAAAACGGGGAAUUCAGAAUUACAGAAGGAGAUUCAGGAGCUCGAAAAAACCUUGCAAAAAGAGAAAGAUGCUUUGGAAGAUAUGAAGGCAGAGCUACAGAUUGAAAACACAUUGCCACAAAAAAACAUAAAUUUUAAGUCUGAAGAAACCCCCAUGGAUGGAGAAUCUUCUCCAGACAUAUCCUAUAAGUGCUUUGUUACAAUAAAUGGUGGCAGUAUCCUGCAAAGUGGGCAGACUCUUUUGACUUUUGAAGACAAUGACGUUGCUAGAAGCGUUAUUAAGAAAGGAAAAUACAAACUAGACUUUGAAGAUACGUCAGUUGAGGUGACUGCAAAACCAAUUAACUUUAACAAGACAACCCAAUUUGAGAUUAACAUGAACAUAUCCAAGAAGCGUCUGUGUGUUUACAAUCUCCCUGCUGAGCUUUCUGAUGAGCACUUGAGAGACAAACUGGAGCUGCUCUUUUACAAACCAAGCAUAGGAGGGGGCGAGAUAGAGGGUGUGCAGUUUGACAGAAGCAAGGAUUUGGCUUUCAUUGAUUUCCUUCAGUCUGGAGUGGUUGAACGGCUUGCAAAACAGAAACACUUUGAGUUUUCUGCUCAUAAUGUUCUUCACCAGAUUACAGUGAAACCAUAUAUAGACAUGAAACUGAAUAAGUUGCAGAUGUUCACUGGCAUGUCCCCAAAGUCAGUGCUGCUGGACGGGAUAAAGGGAGUUGAGGAAAGUGAAGAUGACAUUCAGGAUAUUGUGCAGAUAUUUUUUCAGAAGCCGACCAAUGGGGGAGGAGAGGUGGAGCACAUUUUACACUCUCAGAACAGGAAACGAGUGGCUGAAUUUGAACCAGAUCUCGGUUAAAGGGGAUGCCAGUUUGCUGCUCAACCUGGUGUUAUCCAUUUGUUUCUGGAUUACAACUCUCAACUUAUUAUCUAGAGUUAAGGCAGGCAGGGAGCUCUAGCCCUGCAAUAUCAGGGGGUUUUCAGGGGGUUUGAUUGAUAAAAUUUUUACUAGCUCUUUAGGGCAAGCAGCCCACAUAAUACAAGAGGAUGUUUCAAUGAAUCCUGUUUACUUUAUUUAUGUGAUUAGCAUUGGAGACAUUAAAUACAAACACCCAA